GAGGAAGUUGGGCUCCCGCCUGGAUGGGAGGAGGCAGGGAGCCCCGCUCCUGUUGUUUUCCGCGAGCCGGAGAGGGUGGCGGUCCAGGGGGCGGGGUGCGCCCUCCCACCCCGGGCCGGGCGCUCGCAGAGACAGUCGCGCCGGCGCCCAGCACAGAUCCCGGCCCCGGACAUCGGGCUCACCCCAAGCAUCCUUCCUGGGGGCUGCGGAGAGCGGAACUCCUCUGCCGCUCGGAGGACCUGAGAGGAGCCCUUAGUACCCCAGGGGCCGGGGCCGGGGGGCGCGCACCCAGCCCAGCCGGAGCCCGCGUUUCCUGAGGGACCCCUGCCCGCAUCUGGGGCGAGAUGGCCGCAGGCAUCCGGGCGCCCGAGCCGCGGGUCCUCGUCUGCCUCGGGGCGCUGCUGGCCCGCUGGGGCGCCGCAGGACUGGAGGCUGUUGUCAUCGGAGAAGUUCACGAGAACAUUACUCUGCACUGUGGCAAUAUCUCAGGACCGAGGGGCCUAGUGACCUGGUACCGGAAUGACUCGGAGCCUGUCUUCCUCCUGUCCUCCAAUUCCAGCCUCCUGCCAGCCGAGCCGCGCUUCUCUCUGGCAAAUGCCAGCUCCCUGCACAUCGAGGCGCUGAGCCUGCUGGACGAGGGGAACUACACCUGCCGGGAGGACCUGAACGAGACUCGGUGGUUCCAAGUGUGGCUGCAGGUGGCCAGCGGCCCCUAUGAGGUUGAAGUCACUAUUUCCAGCACCGGCACGCUCCCCAAUGGCACCCUCUAUGCAGCCCAGGGCUCCCAGGUGGAUUUCAGCUGCAGUAGCAGCUCCUGGCCUUCACCGAUGGUUGAGUGGUGGUUCCGGGCCCCGGAUUCGAGGAGCGAGCCCUUUGGAAACAACCUGACGGUCAGCUGUUUCGCUCUGCUACUGAUGUCCACAAACCUCCAAGGGAACUACACCUGUUCGGCCAUGAACAUGCUCAGUGGAAGGCAUCGAAAGGUGACCACUGAGCUCCUUGUCUACUACCCCCCUCCAUCAGCCCCUCAGUGCUGGGCAGAGAUGUCACCAGGAUCAUUCAAGCUGCAGCUCACCUGUCGCUGGGAUGGGGGAUACCCAGACCCAGACUUUCUGUGGACAGAAGAGCCAGGAGGUGUGGUCGUCGGGUCGUCAAAGCUGGGGGUGGAGAUGCUGAACCAGUCCCAACUGUCGGAUGGCAAGAAGUUCAAGUGUGUUGGGAGCCACAUAGUGGGGCCGGAAUCAGGAGCCAGCUGUAUAGUACAGAUCAGGAGCCCCUCCCUUCUCCUCUCAGAGCCCAUGAAGACUUGCUUUAUAGGGGGCAAUGUGACGCUCACCUGUCAAGUGUCUGGAGCCUACCCCUCUGCCAAGAUCCUGUGGCUGAGGAACCUCACCCAGCCGGAAACAGUCAUCCAGCCCAACAGCCACUAUCUCAUCACCCAGAAUGGCCAGAGCUCCACCCUCACCAUCCACAACUGCUCCCAGGACCUGGAUGAGGGCUACUAUGUCUGCCGGGCUGAGAACCCCGUGGGGGUAAGGGAGGUGGACAUCUGGCUGAGCGUGAAAGAACCUUUAAAUGUUGGUGGAAUCGUGGGCACCAUUGUGAGUCUCCUUCUGCUGGGACUGGCCAUUAUCUCAGGGCUUAUGCUGUACUACAGCCCUGUGUUCUGCUGGAAAGUAGGAAACACUUUCAGGGGGCAAGACAUGGAUGAUGUCAUGGUUUUGGUGGAUUCAGAAGAGGAAGACGUGGAGGAGGAGGAAGAUGCUGCAGAAGUGGAGGAGGAGGAAGCAAAUGAGAGGGAGGAGGUGCCAAAAGAAAUACACAAGCACGGCCACAUUCAUAGAGUGACCGCAUUGGUGAAUGGGAACGUAGACCAGAUGGGCAAUGGACUCCAGGCUCUGCAAGACGACAGCAGUGAGCAGCAGAGUGACAUCGUUCAAGAAGACGACAGGCCAGUUUGAAGAAGAGAACUGUCCUUCAUUAUCCUGUCUUAAAAGCUUGGAAAGCUACACUGAAGAUGAGCUUUGCAUUCUGCUUUGACUUGACCUGCACUGAGGGCUAGAAAAGGUUUGGGGUUCUUAGCAAAAAGGAAAAACACACACACAUCUUUCCUUCCAUUUUUUUCCUAAAUUGGUUUGACUUGCUGUAAGUUUUCUCAGUGAUGUUAAAAAGCAUUGGGAACAGGCAGUGUGUGGGGGACAGCUGCAUAUGGCAUCUGAGAUGCCCCUUUCCCUGUGACUCCUGGCUUUAUCCAGGUUGACUGAUGCUGAUUUGGGGGGACAGGAGUUGGGGGAGGCACUUGGCCUCAGCGCACUCUGCCACUGUUAAAGGUCUGUAACCAGCUAGCCCCAGCACACAAGGGAAUAGCGUGGGGUGGUAAGGACACGUCCUUUAUCACUGCCCAGGUGAGCUGAGGAACCAGGCAAACGUCAGCUUCCUGGAAAAGGUGAGGAGGUGUCAGCUACCAAUGUUAAUUCAAGCCCGAGUUGGAAACACCCGGGUUUGAAUCUGGGCCCUGCUACUUACUUGUAUUAUGGACUUGGGCAUGGUAAUUUACCUCUUCGUUGGGCCUCAAUUUCCUCAUCCAUAAAAUAGGUGAAAUCACACCUAUCUUACAGGGUUAUGGUGAGGACUAAAUGAGGUACUUUUGGACGUGGAAGUGCCUGGGAGGUGCUCAGCAGAUGUUAUCUUCUCCUUUGCCUUCCCUAGUGGAAGAAAAAAUGUCAACUGUAAGUUAUAAGCUGUUGCCUGGGCCUUUCACUCUUUUUUCGUUCUUUAUAGAAUGGUUUCCGAUGAGGGCAUUAUUGGAGCUCUCCUGAUGGUUUCUGCUUCCCUGGAGAUACAAUUCUUUUCAAAAGAGGUAGGGGCCCAUACGAGGAAGUGCCUUUCAUUAGCACCUCAGAUCCUGCAGAGCUUCAUAUUUUCACAGAAGCCUCUUCAGUGAUGCACAAUUAGCUUUCAGACUUUCCCAUUCUUUCUUUUUCCUGUGGCUCUGAAAAAAGGCAGGAGGAAUGUUUUUUAAUGGAGUAUCUGGUGAUAAAGUACUCCUUGGGCAGACCAGUUCAUCUGGCCUCCAUUUCUCAACCACAAAAAUGGAGAACUUGUUUCCUUCCUACUUCUUAAGGGUGUUAUGAGGAUACACUGAUCCAUAAUACUAAGUUUUCAAUGAAAAUAACGUGUGGUGAGUUUAAGCUGCUGAUGUUUCCAGUAGAUCCCUGUACAGUUAGAGAUUUUUUUUUCCUGAUAUCAUCCAAAUCUCUUAAAUGUCAGGGACCUUAGCAAACGAUAUGUGCUAAACAUGAAAAUCUGACUCGAAUUUGCACUCUUUAAAGUUGCAUACCCUGCUCUGAUGGGCAAAACCUAGCGCUUCAAAGAGAACUUCCCUUCUUCAACCAUAGUGACUGGGACUCCUAAGAUGAGAAGCUGGUUAUCUGCAGGGUUACCCUGCAGGUGUGGCUGGGAGAGGUCCAUUUUCUUGGAUGAAGGGACUAAACUAAGCAAAUCACUAGCAGUGAGCCCUGUCCCCAGCUCAGAACACUAGGGAGCUGGCUGCAAUUUCCACCCCUCAGGAAUAGCUGUGAACUGCAGUUCUCGUGGGCUGGGUCUUUGCUGCAUAGUACCUCAUGAACUUAACCACUCCAACCAGUCUAAGUAUCAUUUCAGAAAGGGAUGCUAAAGAUAGGUUGCUUAUAAAGUCACUAAACACGGAGCUAGUCUCUCCUUUAGAGUCUUCGAUGAUUAUGUUCCUGAAUCUGAGAGUCCAUUAUGCAGAGGCAACCAUAUUUAAAAAAAGAAGAAACUGUAGGAAAAAAAUCCCUAGCUGGGAACAGAGAGAAUGAUGUGCAAGGUCACUGAGAUGCUUUCUGCAACUUCCUCUUCUCUUGCGCACACACACGAUAAGAAAUCUUCGAGGUGGGGUUUUUUUCCACUAACAAAUGGGAGCGUCAGGGUCUUGGUGCCAAACACCAUAAACCCUUGACCAGCUGAGCUGUGACUGCUGUCACUCAGAUCUGAGCCCUGUGUACACAUUAAUAUAGCUGGGUCAGUUAAGAGCCCAGGGACUGGGGGUCUUCAAGUUUUAAGGAUUUUUGAAGAAUUAGGGCUUUUUUUCUUUUCUUUAAGAUAACCCAUCCCCAAAUCCACAAGCCUGUUGACAGUACGUUACAGACCUUGUGUAGCAAAGUCCAAGUUAUUACAUUGUAAUAACUUUUGAAAAAUCUUAUCUGAAUGUAUUGUGAACUCAGAGACCAGGAGAUCUCCUUAUCAGAACCAGGAAGAUAAAUACUUCAGGGCUACCACAACUCACAUUUCUUUUCUUCAAAACUUGGUGGACACUGGGCAAGGGGCUCCCAUAAUCCUGUGGCUUUGAUAUUUGCUCCAAUUCCCACAAGCACAUACAGGCCCUGUUAUUGCAGCAAGAAAAUGCUUGAUGGAAAAUUUCCAUAAGCCAUGCACUGAAACCUGGAAAAUCAUCCUUGCUGGGUAAAAUUUAUUAAGAUGCAGUAAGUGCCAACUGGUAUUUCUCACUAUGGGACUGGCCAAGAACUGCUGCAAAGAAAAAUUAGCAGGUCCCUCUGCAAUACUUACAUUUUAAAAUUUGAUGGGGGCGGGGGUGGUUUGGGUGAAAUUCGGUCUGAGGUUAUAAUAUGGAUUUUUUUAAAAAGAUUAUGGAAUAAAAUUAUUUUUAAAUAAAUGCUGUAGUGAUCUUGAUUUAGACUUGAUUAAUAAACCGAAAGAUUUGGGGAAAUGGGAUUGCCUUCUCCAAU